GCGAGGGCCCGCCCCGCGCCCGGCCUAGCAGCGCAGCGAUGGGAACCCGCGGCGCGCGCGGGCGGCGAUGAUGGGCGGCCAUGGAACUGGGGAGCGGCGCGGCGGCCCCGGAGCGCGCGGGGGGCGCGGCGCGGGCCGAACUGUGGGAGCUGUCCCUGGAGGAGGUGCUGAAGGUGUACGAGCAGCCCAUCAACGAGGAGCAGGCCUGGGCUGUGUGCUUUCAGGGCUGCCGCGGGCUGCGGGGCGCGCCAGGCAGGCGGCGCAUCCGCGACACGGCGGACAUCCUGCUGCGCAGGGACGGAUCGGUGGGCGCGCGGCGGGAGCCGGAGCCCACGACCAUGGUGGUGCUGCCAGCCAGCUCAGAAGCCCAGAUGGUGCAAUCACUCUGCUUUGCCAUCUACCGUGCACUGGACUGGGGGCUGGACGAGAGCGAGGAGCGGGAGCUCAGCCCGCAGCUGGAGCAGCUCAUCGAUCUCAUGGCCAACAGCGACUGCGAUGACAGUGGCUGUGGGGCAACAGAUGAGGGCUAUGGGGGUCCUGAGGAGGAGGAGGAGGUGGCCGAAGGUAGCCCCCGCACUGUGCGCACCUUUGCCCAGGCCAUGCGGCUAUGUGCAGCGCGCCUCACCGACCCCCAGGGUGCACAGGCCCACUAUCAGGCUGUGUGUCGCGCUCUCUUUGUGGAGACCCUGGAGCUGCGUGCCUUCCUAGCCCGUGUCCGUGAGGCCAAGGAGAUGCUGCAGAGGCUGGGAGAGGAUGAGCCACAGACACAGAAACCACUCGCUGAGCUCGACAACCUCGGACACACAGACUGGGCCCGGCUGUGGGUGCAGCUCAUGCGAGAGCUUCGCCAUGGUGUGAAACUUAAGAAGGUACAGGAGCAGGAGUUCAACUCCUUGCCCACCGAGUUCCAGCUCACGCCCUUUGAGAUGCUGAUGCAGGAUAUCCGUGCCAGGAACUACAAGCUGCGCAAGGUUAUGGUGGAUGGGGACAUCCCACCCAGGGUGAAGAAAGAUGCACACGAGCUCAUCCUGGACUUCAUCCGCUCCCGGCCUCCUCUGAAACAGGUCUCUGAGCGCCGGCUUCGCCCACUGCCACAGAAGCAAAGGACCCUACAUGAAAGGAUUCUGGAGGAGAUCAAGCAGGAGCGCAGGCUGCGGCCUGUGGGGGCCCAGCACCUGGGAACUCGAGGCUUUGGCUCUCUGCCCUGCAUCCUCAACGCCUGCUCUGGGGAUGUCAUGACUAUUUCCUGUACCAACCUGUCUGUCACGGAUAUUGGAAGUGGCAUUCGGCACCCACGGCCUCGGGUCCUGCUCAAGGCACCCACACUGGCUGAGAUGGAGGAGAUGAAUAUCUCUGAGGAAGAGGAGUCUCCGUGUGGAGAAGUGACACUGAAACGGGAUCGCUCCUUCUCCGAGCAUGACCUGGCCCAGCUACGGAGUGAGGUGGCCUCUGGCCUGCAGCCAGCUGUUCCCCACCGGGAAGGGACAGGACUGCCCCAGCCACGGGCAGGCAGCACACACACCUGGAGGCCCACUGCCUGGGACCAGGGGUCCUGUCCUGUGAGUGUCCAGGCCCAGUCUGACUCUGGUGCCCCCACAAUCAGCAGUGUGAGUUCUGCAGACAGACCUGACACCUCUGCACCAGACACCAGGCACCUGUGGCUGGAGUUUAGCCAUCCAGUGGAGAGCCUGGCCCUGACAGUGGAGGAGGUGGUGGACGUGCGCCGCGUGCUGGUGAAGGCUGAGAUGGAAAAGUUUGUCCAGGACAAGGAGCUCUUCAGCAGCUUGAAGCGGGGGAAGGUUUGCUGCUGCUGCCGGGCCCGGUUCUCACUGUUCUCCUGGCCACCCACCUGUCUCUUCUGCAAGAGGUGCCAUUUUUCUUGGAGAUCUGCAUGGAGGAGGAUGUUUUCUGAGAUGCCUGGAGGGCCUAUGUCAGGUGCCUCCAACUUCCCCUUGGUGGUAGCCAUUCUGACAAAUUCCUAGAAGACGAUGGUACCAGCCAAAAUGAGUAUUUAGAACUAAAAUUUUAGGUGUUACUUAAAUUAAUUUAAAUAGCUAAGGAACUCCCAUUUUCAGUCAAGAUGGAGUAAACAGGAACCUGCAGCUGAAAUAGCCAAAUCUCCAAAACCAAAAGAUACGAAACAAUGGUUUUCAAGACAUUGGCCAUCAGCAGCGCUAGGAAGCAGACCAAGAGUGUCCAGGACACGUGCGCAAGAGGCCAGAGUACUGGGAGUCUCUGGGAAAGUUCCAGGGGAGACAGGCACAGAGGGCCUCAGUGACUGGCCUCAGAGAAGCCAUCGGACCACUGUGCAGCUUAAUGAAAGGAAGUUAGUGGUUGACAAGCUACUGCCCAUAGACACAUUGGCUCACUGCCUGUUUUUUGUUGUUGUUUGUUUGGGUGUUUGUUUGGUUUUCUUUUUGACACAGUCUUGCUAUGCAGUUCAGGCUGGCUUUAAACUCACUAUGUAGCCUAGGUUGGCCUCAAACUCACAGUGAUCUCAUGCCUCGCCUCCUGAGUGCUGGGAUUACAGGUGCCAUUGCCAGUUUUGUAAAUAAAAUGUCACUGGAACACAAUCCUAUCCGUUCACUUACUUGUUAUACUUUUAGAUUUACCUAUAAUGUUUACUCUCUUGCCCUCACAGAAAAAGUUUUCUUAUCCCGUCCAAAAGACUUAAAGAAACAGUGCUUGUACCUAGGGUUUGUUUCUAUUAGACAUAACCAAAAUGUCAUAAUUCACAGGGCACCAGUAGGACACACAGGAAGGUCCUGCCUCCCUGGGGCAGAAUCAACUCCAAUUUUUUUUUUUUUUUUGUCUUUUUCAUUUUAUCAGUAACGGGGAUCGAACUCACGACUGCCUGCUUUCAAGGCAGGUGCUUAUGCCACUGAGCUAAACCCCCAGGCCCCUCAACUCCAAUUCUAAGUAGUCCCAGACUGAGCAUCAAUCCAAGGGAGACUGAUGAGUCAUCAAAGCAAGACCCAACACACCAGCCUGUUCCAAUUUGUAUGUGUGUCUGCUGCAAGGAAAAAUAAAUCCUCAACUAGUUACUUCACGAUUUAUCUCAGUAGAUAAAACUGCUAGGUGUGGUGGCCCAUGCCUGUAAUCCCAGCAUUUGGGAGGCUAAGGCAGGAGGAUUUCAAUAAUUUCAAGGCCAACCUGGGCUACAUAGUGAGUUCAAGGCCAGGCUGAAGUACAUGAGAGAUAUCUGUCUCAAAAAAACAAAUCCAAAAUAAUAUAAAAUAAAAAGUAGUUUGAGGGGCUGGGGAUUUAGCUCAGCGGCAUAAGCGCCUGCCUUGCAAGCAGGCAGUCGUGAGUUCGAUCCCCGGUACCGAUAAAAAGGGGAAAAGGGAAAAAGACAAAAAAAAAAAAAAAAAAAAAAAAAAAAAAAAAAGUAGUUUGAAAGGUGUCUCAUUUCACUUGUAAAAUAUUAUGCAUGUUUUGUUAAUAUAUGCUUAAACUUGUCUGGAGAGUAGAGGCUGUAUUGCCAACAGAGAUCAUCCCUGUAGUUGGCUGUCUAAAUCGUAACUAACAUAACAUUUGAAGUUUUACAGGAAAGCAUUUACUUUUGAAAUUGAGUGCAGGAAUAAUAAAUGUUCAUCAACGCUUAGAAUGGAGCACUGUCUCAAGAGCUUUCUGCUUCUGUAGUAAGAGGUAUCUGGCGAUCCAGGCCAAACUUUCAGGGGGAAGCUGAGAGACAGAGGUGUAUUGGAUUGAAGCCAACACAAAAGAAUCUGCAGUAGAAUCAAGUCCUGAAGGAA